CACUCACUACCACCGCCACCUUAACUUCUUCCCACCUCAUCAAUGGCUCCCAAACCUGCUUCCACUGCUGGCAAAGCUCCUGCCUCUACCGCCUCCAAGGCUCCAGCCAAGUCUGAAGGUUCCAAAGCUGCCAAAAAGACUUCCAAGCCCGCAGCAGCUGACGGCGAGAAGAAGAAGCGCCGAAAGUCACGAAAAGAGACUUACUCUUCUUACAUCUACAAGGUGCUGAAGCAAGUACAUCCUGAUACGGGUAUCUCCAACAAGGCAAUGGCCAUCCUUAACUCUUUCGUCAACGAUAUCUUUGAGCGGGUUGCCACUGAGGCUUCCAAACUCGCUGCGUACUCCAAGAAGUCUACCAUUUCCUCUCGUGAAAUCCAGACGUCCGUGCGGCUGAUUCUGCCUGGUGAACUGGCCAAGCAUGCUAUUUCUGAGGGAACUAAAUCGGUGACCAAGUUCUCUUCGGCAGGUGCCAAGUAAUCUCUGGAUUUGUAUUGCACUUGUAUUGUAUCGUAUCUGUACUCUUUAUUAUUUUUAUUCCCUUUUUCUUAAAAAUAGUUUUUGAUA